AUGAGGUAUUAUGGUAUACCCUGGGUUAUAUACUUGUUGAUCCAAAUUAAAUUUGGGAGAGCAGACUCGUUCUCCAAGCUAGGAUGUUACCUGAAGUCAUCUAUUCAGGGUCUGUUGAGCUACCAAGAUGAAUUCAUGUAUCAGUCAUCAUCGCAUUGUGAAGAGGAAUGUGCUGGUAAAAAGGUUGCAGCAUUGUUAAACGGUAAAUAUUGUUAUUGUGGUGAUUCGGAGCCAGAUAGUGACGAAACUGACAGUUCUGAUUGUAAUGUCAGUUGCCAAGGAUAUGGGCAAGAGAAUUGUGGUGGUAGCAACGCAUUUUUGGUAUAUUCCAAUAGUGAUGUUGAAUCCGAAAGCACGUCGUCAUCAUCUAGUUCCACUUCUAGCUCUAGCAGCUCAAGUUCCAGUUCCAGUUCAAGCACAAGUACCCAUUCCAGCUCCACUGCAAAAUCAACCACACACAGCAGCAGUUUCAGUAGCAGUUCUAGCAGCAGUUCUAGCAGCAGCUCCAGUAGCAGCUCUAGUAGCGAGUCCUCGUCUGCCGAACCAAGCACAAGCAGUUCUGCUGUCUCGUCUACAUCAGACACGUCGAGUUCAUCGUCUCUGAGUUCGUCACUGUCUACGCCAGAUAGAACUACUUUGAUAUCUACAAUUACAAGCAAUCCAACAGACUCGCAAGAAGCAUCAACUGUUGCAGUAACCAUGACAGAACCGAAUUCAUCAUCGUCAUCAACGCCGAAUGCUAACGAAGCUUCAUCCAAACAAAACAAAUCCUCAAAAUCCAUCAGCACAGGGGGCAUUGUGGGUGCCGUCAUUGGGAGUGUAGCGGGUGUCGGGCUCAUCCUUGGCUUGGUGUUCUUCCUUUGUUGUUUCAAGCGUAACAAGGAUGACGACGACAAGGACGACGAAUUCACGUUAUCUGGCCCAAGCAACGAGAAAAGUGACACCUUUGAAGGUGCACCAAACCCGUUUAUGAUGGCCCAAACAGGGCGCAACGAUGACGGCCACAUAGACCACAACAAAGAUACCCUGUACUCCCUUGAUACUACAAAUAAUGAUGAUUUCUUCUUGGCUGCCGGCCAUCCUGAUACUGAAUCCGCCGGCCAAAACAAACUUUCUUCAGAAUACGGCAGAAGAAGACUUAGUGAUGGCUCGUUACCUGACAUGGUUACUAGAAACCCUGGCUCUCUCAAAGUCGUUAAUAACUGA